AUGGCUGCUUCUCCCCCUGUGACCCCACAGGUCCCCCAAACCGCGGACACCACGACGGCCGCGCACCGCAGAGCGCGCAAGAGGACGCGUAGAGCGUGCGACAAGUGCAACACGUCGCGCACACGCUGUGACGGCGAUCAUCCUUGGUAUGAAUAUGGAUACAACUGCAACUACAAUCGUCAAGCGAAGAAGCGCGGUCGAGUACCGCUGAAAGCCAAGAAGGACGCCUCCAACUCGACACCCUCGGAUGGCUCAGCUGACGAGGACCAUGAUCACAGAAAUGAAAGUCAUACUGAGAAUGAGCUGGUGAAUCCUGCCUCUGCUGCUCCCGUAGCCCAGCACACACCCGCACCACUCGCGCAGGCAGCGCCAUCUGCGAGGCUCACAUAUGCCUCCCCCCGAGUCGAAGAUCCCCAGGCCUUCCCGGUGGACAACCACUCCAAUAGCGGGAGCCGACAUCGAUCAGAUCUGUCCGGUGGAUUUCCGCAAAGGAUGGAAAACUGCCGUCUCCACGGCAGUUCCAAUGGCUCAUUCCAUGGCUCCCCAUCCGCGGCCACCCCUUUCUUCAUGGCCACCCCAUCACUCAGCUUUGGGCUUCCACCGCGCCGAGACUUUGAACGUCCGUCAUCCCACGGUGGUGGUGGCCAAGUCGGCGAGCUUCGGUAUCGAUGCCUCGAGCCGCUGCUGCCCUACAUGGGCAACAACUUCCCCGUCUCAGUCGCCUGCGAUCUGUUCGACGUGUACCUGCUCGACCCAGGCGCAUCCCUGUUCCGCUUCUCCUCACCGUUUAUACUCACACGCAUCUUCCGCAAAAAGUCUCUUCUGGGACCGAAUCCUCGACCGACAUCGGCUGCCCUGCUCGCCACGAUUCUGUGGUGUUGUGCGCAGACUGCUGAUAUUUCCGUGCUCCUUGUGCCUGGUGCACGCUCGAGACUCACCAACGCGCUCUACGAGCUGGCGACCUAUCUCAUCUCGAGGCGUGAUCCAGAUCGCUGGAGACGUAUACACGGCGGCCUCCAAAUUGAGUAUGACCGUGAACAGGCCGACAUCUUCCCCGAGACAACGGGCGAGCCAGCCGGCACCAUUGACGACGUCCUCACCUUUAUCCUCCUGUGCAUCGGCGUCUCGGCUGGUGACUUCAAGUCCGACUGUCUCAAGUGGUGGAGCAAGGCGAAACGACUGGCCCUGGCAUUACGCCUGGAUCGACAAGACGCUCCGGGCGACUACGCGCACACGGCCGCCUUCUCUGUCGCUGAUGUCGAGCAGCAGGAGGAGCGGCGUCGCGUGUUCUGGCUGUUGUAUGCCAUAGACAGACAUCUCGCCCUUUCGUACAACAGGGGGAUCCACAUUCCCGAUGCCAUCUGCGAUGUUUUUGCUCCUCUUCCUGACCGCGUCUGGGAAGACUUUGAAGACAUGAACGCCCUGCCACCGCGCACAAUCGGUCCGCCAGUGACCAUCACCGGGACCGGCUUCUUUGAGUACUUUCUCCCGCUCAUGGUGAUCCUCGGGGACAUUAUCGAAGUGCACCACGGGCAGUUCCACCCGCGCCUCGGCAGUCUGGACAAGAAGUACGCCGAAGGGGCCAUUGCCGAACUCAUCGCCGGCUGCGAGGCCAGUCUCGACCGCCUCGCGCGCAGGGCGGGCAUCAACGGGGUCUCGCAGACACCAAUGCGCAUCAGCAACAUCCUCGCCGGCCCGCAGGACAUGACGCCCCUUGCUGAGGUACCACCUCCACUACCACCACCACCGCGACAGACGCAGUACGAGCAGACGCGCAACAGUGACCAGCUUGAUGUCAAACUCGUCAUUGCGUACUGCACUUUUCUUCUGCAUGUUCUGCACGUCCUCUUCUACGGGAAAUGGGAUGCGAUCAGCAUGCUGGACAAUGAGGAUGACUGGAUCACCUCGCCGCGCUUCGUAGAGUGCGCAUCCCAUGCGAUCGAGGCGUCGGAUGCUGUGGCUGAUAUCCUCAAGCUGGACCCGGAGUUGAACUUUAUGCCGUAUCUCUUUGGGAUCUAUUUACUGCACGGGAGCUUUAUACUGCUGCUGUUUGCGGAUCGCAUGCCGCAGCUGGGACAGAACCAGAGCGUGGAGCAUGCCUGUGAGACGAUUAUUAGAGCGCACGAGGUCUGCGUGGUGACCUUGAGUACCGAAUUUCAGCGUAACUUUCGGAGAGUGCUGAGGUCGACCUUGUACAAUGUGAGAGGGAGCACACACGAGAGUCGCGAGGAGCACCGGCUGGCGCGGCGACAGGUGCUGUCUUUGUAUCGAUGGACGAGGGGAGCCAAAGGACUGGGCAUUUAG